CAAUGGCAUAAACGGAACUGAAACUUCAGUUUUCAAAGCCACCCCAAGUAACUAGAACUACGAGUAUUCUGUGUGUGAUUGUUCUCUCAAGCGUUCAACUUCUGGGUCCAGAGCCCGCAUAGCCUGAAAAGUUAUCAUGUCAUUUAUUUGUCGUGUUCGGACCCUGUGAUCUGUGUUAUUCGUAAUUUGUUGAAUUUAUACGAAAUUUUCAUCGACAUCAACAAUAAAUUAUCACCAACGAUUACCAACGGAACGGAAAUAACACACAAAAAAUUUAAGCAAAACAAUUGCAAAAUUCCCUUUGGCUAAGGAUUUGCGGCGGUCAUACACGGCUUUUAUGCAUGGCUGGCAGCCACAAAAUUCAACGAAAUUCCAUUUUGGCAACCCGAGAACAAAAAUCAAUCAACAACGCGCACAACGCGUACAACAUUUCAACAAUCAACAAUCAUUUACAUUAGUCGCUCUGGCGCCGUUCGAACCGUAUUUAUCCUGAAAAUUGAGCAGCAACAAAAAGGAUACGCCGGAUAGGAAUACGGCCCCGGCCGAUAUAGAUCUUAACGCAACGGAGGUACAACUGCCGUCAACAUGGAUCCGCAGCAGCAGUUCUGCCUCAAAUGGAACAGUUAUUCCUCCAAUUUGGCAAUAACGUUCUCAAAUCUGUUCAAAUCGGAUCUACUGGCCGAUGUUACACUAUCCUGCGAUGGCGCAGUAUUCAAAGCACACAAACUUAUUUUGGCGGCCUGCUCAAAGAAGUUCGCCGAUUUGUUUGAGAACACGCCCACCAAUGGUCAGUGCGUCAUCAUACUGGAGGCCACAACGCCCGAUAAUAUGGCCGCUCUCCUGGAGUUCAUGUACAAGGGCGAGGUGCAUGUGUCCCAAGAGGCACUCAACAGUUUCCUCAAGUCUGCCGAGAGCCUGCAGGUCAAGGGACUGUCCACAGAGACCGGUCGUCUGGCCGCACAGCAGGCUCAACAGCAACAAAUGGGCGACAGCUCGCCGCUAGAUUCGCCCACAGGGCGACGUAGUAUGCGCAACAGCCUCAGUGGUAGCAGCAUUAUGCCGGGCGGAGGAGCAGGCAUCGGGCUGGGAAGUGGUUCCGGGGUAAACUCCAUUCCCGGGGGCCUUGGCAAUGGCAACGGCCUGAGUCUGGCAGGUGCCCUUAGUGGCAUGGCCGCCGGUGGAAUGGCAGCCGCCGCCAGUGUGGCGGCCAGCGGAUUGAGUGCCUUGGCGGCCAGUGCGAAUGCCCUGGAUCGCUGUGGCAGUGCCGGUGGCAACAUUAUCGGGGGCACAGCAGCGGGCCAUGGACCGUUGAGUGCUGGAUCCGGAGCUGGCGGAGCCGGUGGCAAAGGAGUGGGUGGCAACAAUGGACCCAUUAGCCUGGGCAGCGGUGCUGGCGCCGCUCUACAUCUGGGCGGAUCGACUGGCAGCUUGAAGCAGGAGUGCGACUCGAUGAUGCAUCCGGGCAGUAGCUCAUCCUCCACCAUGGGGUACACCCAUGUGCCGCCCAUGUACAGACCCAUCUCCUAUGAGCCGCUGCGCAAGCGUGCCCUCCGCAGUCCGUAUGCCGAGCAGGAGCUGCGUGGCUCUGUGCUGCGCGACGGCUCCAAGAACUCGUCCUCCGAGUGCCCAAGUCCCAUCAACAAGCCACCCUAUCAUCGUCCAUCGUCCAGUGCCUCAUCGACGGCACCCACCGAAGCGGACACCAUGCACUCGGAAAGAGCCUCGCCACAGUCCAGUCGCUAUGAGAACCACAGUCCCAGCACCACAGCUGGCAACGGCAAUGCCAACAGUGGGCUGGAUCGCAUUGUCAAAUCAGAGCGUAACAAUGGUAGUGCCAAUGAGGCAAACGAUGAUGACCGCGAGCUCAUGGAUGAGUCAACAGAUAAUGGAGCCGAAGAUCUACGAGUGAAGCUGGAGAACUCAAAUUACUCCCCACCACCGCCGCCGAACUCUAACACUUCAUCGACAACCCCGAACGCACUGCUGGAGAACCUGAAGAAUGCGGAUGGAACGCUCUCUGGCAAUCUGGCCGCAUCGAUAGCGCCGGCCGACAUGUUGAACGUCUGGAAUGCCACCAAGAUGAAUAACAAGAACAGUGUGAACACAGCGGACGGCAAGAAGCUGAAGUGUCUGUACUGCGACCGCCUUUACGGGUACGAGACGAACCUGCGCGCCCACAUCCGUCAGCGUCAUCAGGGCAUUCGGGUACCCUGCCCGUUCUGCGAACGGACCUUCACCAGAAACAACACGGUGCGGCGGCACAUCGCCCGGGAGCACAAGCAGGAGAUCGGACUGGCGGCUGGGGCAACCAUUGCCCCUGCCCAUGUGGCAGCCGCGGCGGCUGCAGCGGCGGCCGCCAAUCAUUCACCAUAGGAAGCGGCCGCAACAGCAGCGGCAGCAGUAGUCAUGAGCGCCCAUAAGGAGGCGGCGAAGCAGCGUAAACGUAAAUCACUCAAGAUGGCACUCGAGAAGUGCAUGCAGCGGCGGGAUGCGAUGGCCGCAGUACCGGAGGCGGUAGGAGGGGGCGAGGAGGCGGCGGCUUCAGAGAUGGAGGCGCCAUCGCAGGCGUCUGGGGCACACACAAUACACACGAGCGGUUCAGCGGGCACUGAGCCGUUCAGCUACGAGCAGCAGCAACAGAAGAUGCACCACGAGCUGGCUCAGCAGAUCAAGGCGGCGAUGGCCGUCGAACAGGCCCAGCGGGCCGAGGCCGAGGCCGAAGCAGAGGCCAUGGACACCACGGUGAACACAACGGUUAAUACCACCCUCACAACCACAACCACCAACACCAGCCACACCACAACGGGCACCAGCGACGGUGGCAGCGGCAGCGAUGCCGAAGCCGAGGCCAGCGAUGGUAGCCUCGAGCGGAUGCGGAUUCAGACGAACAUGGAGGUGGACAUGGAGUCCGUGCCAGAGCCACAGCCUGGCUCCGAGCUCGUCGUAGUGGAGCCGAAAAUAGAGCCCCUGUCGGACACUGAGGAUGAGGACGAACACGAUCAUCAUCUGCACAUGUCCGAGCCAGAGCCGGAGCCGGAGAUCUACAAUCGAAUGCCACACACGCCCACCAACCCCCCCCACACUAUACCGCCCAACGAUACGCCUACAUUGACCUCCACGCCCAAGGUCAAUGUAGAGCAGUAAGAAGGAGAGAAGCCCCCCAAAGAAGCUGCAUAGAUUUAGGUUAAGAAUUGAUACCGAUAAACGGAUGAAGGAUAAAGGAGGAGAGGAGAGUGAUUUACAAAUGAUUUACGCGCGCGCUAAGAAGAUGGAGAAGAAACAGAUGACUACUGUUGCAACUGCUGUUGCCCUCGGAGACCACCAACCAAGCAACCUGGAGGCCCUGGCACCAGAGGCCCAGGGAAAAUUUGUACUAAAAAAAAACAAAACAAAACAAAGAAUUAACUAAUGUUUCAUAAGAUAUGUAUGACAACGACAACAUUACACACAUGCAUCACACACAAGCACACUACAUCACGCACACAGACGAACAGAAGGCAGUAUUUGAUGUCCAACUUUUUGCAGAAUUUUUCAUUACAAAUAUGUUUUAGAACAAGCCACAAAAAGGAUAUAACAACAGACCAAAAAUGAUUUAUAACUAAAUGGAACGAAUGAAACAAACUACACAUAAAAAACUCAGUGAUAUUUAACAGAAACAGAAGCAUUAACCAGAACCAGAAACCAGAAACAGAAACAGAAACAACUACAAAACCAGAUACAGAACAAUAAUUGAACAGAACACUACAAAAAAAAAAAAACCGAACAGAACAGAAUAAACUAUAAACACUGCAAUCCGGCUGAAAAAUUGUUUUCAGGGUGCUAAUCAAAGAGAAUUUCGCAAAUUGCAAAGCUCGCAAACUGCAAAACUGCAAGAUAAUUAAAACUAAAACUAUAAAACAAACAAAUAAUAGUGAAUGCAAAAAGUUUGAACGUUUUUGAUUGGUACAGCCUCAAAUGUAGACAAAAAAGAUUGAAACAAAUGUCAGAUGUUUGUUUUUUUCGUGUGUUGAAAGAGUAGAUCGAUCGAUCGGAUCGAUACGACUCAAUGACUGUCGCGUAUAUAUUUUUGAUUUCCUAAAGUAAAAAACACACAACACAAACGAAACGUAAAGCUAAAGAAAACUGAAUUUAGAACUAUUAAAAAAUAGCUGCAACAAACAAACAAACAAAAAUAAGCAAACUACAAAGCAACAAUAGCAACAACAAAACCGCAACCACAAGUACCUGCAAUAAUUAAAUAGUAUAAACAAAAAAGAAACAAAAUACAAAAUAGCAAAGAGAAACGAAAUGAGACGAGAAGAUGAUAAAUGCCUAGGGAAGAAAUACGGGGUGCCACAGGCUGCUUGGAACCCCUAACGGGCUUACCUCACUUCCAAACUGCCGUUUGUCCAAGGUUUUUUGUAAAUAAUUUUAUUAAAUUUAUAAUACGAAAAGGCAAACGAGGUAUACAGUCGGGAUAUGUGAUGGAAAGCCUCCCAUAUGAGGGCCAAGCCUCCUGGGACCUCUGCUUAAAACCAGUGAAAGAUUUGCUUUAAAAGAAGAAUACUAAUACAUUAAUUUUUUUUGUUUCUUUUUGUUUUCUUGAGUUUUUCAAAUCAAUUUUAGGCCUCGAAAUUUCAAAACCAUUUAGCUUCUUUUGGCGUAAAACAAAAAGAAAACCGAAAUUCAAUUUAAAAGUUUCUUAAGAAAGCAAUGAGAAGAGAAAAAAAACCAUUGGUAAAUUGGGUGCCUAUAUAAGAAUAUAUAAUUAAAUGACUACUAGUGAAAUUUUAUAAAACAAAGAAUAUAUAUAACGAUGAGGGAAUGAUGGAAGGUGAAGAAAAACAAAUAGGAACGAAACGUAAAGUAAAUGUAAUUAUUUUUUAAAAAUUGUUUAAUUCUAGCCAAGUGUGAAACAUGUUGAUAAACGAAAACGAAACGAUGUAAAAGAUUCAGUAGCAACCACUCAAAAACGUUCUCAAAAACUUUCAACGCAACAAACAACAACAAAAACAGCAAAAUCUACAGCAUGACAAAAUUCAAAAUCAAAACAACUUUUGGCACACCUUUGGAAAACAUUUUUCAUACAAAAAAAAUUCACCAAAAAUGAAAAAAGAAAAAACCACCAAACAAAAAUUCAAAAUUAAUUAUUUCGGCUCUUAUAAUUUCGGAAGGCUACAUCAAAGGGGAGGAAGGAAAUCUAAAUCCAAGCCCACCUUCCCCCGCUAGAAAACCCACAAAGAACAAGCUGUAAAAAUAACUAACAAAAAAAACAUGAAUAUUUGUUGUAAGCAAAGAUUGAAAGAAAACCCCAAGUGGGAAACAGUCCUCCACAGAGCGGACAAAACCUGUAAAUACAUUUAUCAAUGUGCAUACAUAUACAUCUAUAUACAUACAUAUGUGUGUGUUUGCAGCAUAUAUGUGUGGCCUCAGUUGUAUAAUCGAAAGCCUAGAUAUACAUAGAUAUAUAGUAUAUAUACAUUGUAAUACAUACAGCACUAAGCGCAUAUGUAGGAACACUUAGGCUCGCCAACAGAGAAACAGAGAAGAAGAGAGAGAAAGAUAUAGAGAAGGGUUUAAUUUGAUUUUGAGACAAGCUAACUGAAUUUCCAUAGCAGGCAAUAGCAGGAAGUCCCCUGAUAACUACAAGAUGUCCACUCUGAUAACCAGCCAGACAACUCCAUAGAAAAGCUAACAAAAUAAUAGCCAAAAUGUUGAAUAUUUUAAAUAUAUUAACUGUUGAACCACACACACAAACACAUACAAAACACGCAUACUAUACAAAAUCCACGCAUGAAGGAAGCUCGCUCUUUGGGCUCCGAUUUUUUAAGUAAAGUUAAAAUAGUUCUUACUUAACCGACACCCAGUUUGUUCUGUGAUAUCGUUUUGAAGUUGCAAAUGAAGAAAAGGUUUUUAUUUUCAUUCAAUUCGUUUUUAUCGUUUUAUGCUUAAUUUUUCCCCUAUAAAGAUGAAAAGCCCAUUCGAAUUUCAAUUUGCCUUCGUGUUGAGAAAUAGAGACAGAAACAAUAGCAAUAUUAUACAAUUAAAACAUGGCAAUAUUUUUAACCAAAACUACCUCUUUGCCGCACACGCUCACACACACGACCAUACACACACAUGAAGAUAGAGUACCCCUAAUAGCAGUCCUGAAGACGGGGUUCCCCAUCAACGUUCGCUGGAGUCUGAAUUACAUUUUAUUUUUAAUUACGUUGAUGGGACUCCAUCCAAGGACUGAAACGAGGUCCAACCCAUUAAUCAAUCAAUUAACCAAUCAGAUCAGUCCGUGAAUCAAUCAAACAAUAUUUAAUAUUCAGGGGUUUAUGAUUAACCAUAAUAUAUGUAAUACUUUUAGCUUAUUUUUAAUUUAGUUUUUAUGUUAGGUUCUUCGUUUUCGUUUUUGAAAUUAGACUGUAAUCAAACUCAGGAACUCAUAUACCUCAGGAAGCAACCUACCUCUUUGUGUUUUUUUAAGCUUUGUUUCGACUAAUUUUACGAUUAUUAUUAUUAUUAUGAUUACGAUUACGAUUAUGAUUUCGGUUUCCAUGGAAUGUGGGGUGGAAAUACACAAACUAUUUUGUUGUAAUUGAAGAUGCUAUAAAGGAAAGCUUUAGUUUUUAGUUCGUUUAUUGGUUAGUUCACACGAUACAUGCGAUUACCAAUAACCAAUAACCAAUUACCGAUUAACAAUAACUAAUUUUAAAUGCAAAAGACACACACAACACCAACACACACACAAAAUAGCUAUAAUGAGAAACCAAAACCAGAUCGAACUGCAAUAGUAAACUGAACUACCUCAAAAGCCAUAGACUGCGCAGUAACGAAGUAAUGAAUACCUACAUAUAUUGUUUUAUACACUUUUCAUUUCAUUUGGUUCUUUUUGUAAAAUGGUGACGCCUACACACACGCCACGCACAUACAUACAUACAUAUGUACACAAUGGAAAACUUUUGGCUAAUUAAACAAAAUUCGAAAAAUCCACCACAGAUUUUCCUUUGGAAUCCAUAAAUGUAAAUAUGCGCUGAAGCUCACACAAAUUAAAAAUUAAAUGUAAAACCUAAAAAAAUAUACUUUCGGCUAAUCUCUAGUUAUACAGAUAUAUAUGAGUAUCCUAAAAUUUUACCAUGUACGAGUAUGUCUGGAGAGCAGAGCAGAUGUAGGCGAAAUACGAGUACGACCAGGAUUAAGAUCAUUUGUAUACAUACAUUUUUGGCAAAGCAACUAAAUGAGGCAUGAACUAAAUAAAAAAAACACACACACAUAAUUCUAUAUGAUCCUACUAUAAACAAAAAUACAAAGAAAUUAUUUAAGGCUACCAAAUUUACCAAAAAAAAAAAAAACAAAACAAAAAAAAAUGAAAAUAACGAAAUAAAGAAAAUCCACAAAAAAAGGAUAGCAAGAAAAACGAACACAGUUAAAUGAAAGUAUACUUUUCCUUGAGCCAAGUGCCCAGAGGCCAAGAAAAACUCUAAAAUUAAACAAAAUUGAAACCCCAAACGGUUAUAAAAAAAAAAAGUCAAAACAUUUCUACCUAACGAAAGUGGAAAAUUUUCUAAAAGAAACUUGCGUAAACAAGCAAACUAAUUGCAGAAACCAACAAUUUUAGGCUUAAACUUUUGGCUAAAAAAAAAAACAUAAACAAAACGAAAACGAAAAUAAGUAACAAUUAUUAGACACAUGCAAAACAAAGCUAUAUAUAUGCAUCAAAUAUUAUACAAACGUAAAUAUUUAUUUGAAAA